CCUGUAGGACGCGACACCCAAUCCACCAUGACGCAGUAUCAAGUCCCCAGGCGCCGUAUCCUCUCGGAUCAGGACCUGCAGCUCUUCCAAGACUCACCAGCGUAUACCUCCCUUACUGACUUCAUCGAGCAACUCAACACCGCCGUGGUUGGUAAACCGAAUACCGCAUCCUGCACUCUCUCACCAGCCGUUCAAGCCAUCCUCGACCUCCUAGAUGGCCUGCAACGACUCAUUGAAGCGCAUCCGCCCGUUGACAACGACAAGUCUCGGUUCGGCAACCCUGCAUUUCGCGAUUUCUACGACGCCGUACAAGAAUGCGCUCCACGCCUACACACGGCCGUACCAGGGCUCGAGCCAGCGGCUGUUGAAGAAGUCGCUGGGUACCUCGGUGAGUCCUUUGGCAACAGGACACGUAUCGACUAUGGAUCGGGCCAUGAAUUGAAUUUCCUCUGCUAUCUGCUAUGUCUUCAGAAAUUGGGUGUUGUGGGCGAGCAAGAUAGUCAAGCUCUUGUUUUGCAUGUCCUUUGGCGAUAUAUGGCGCUUAUGCGUAAGAUCCAGCAAGCGUACUGGCUCGAACCCGCUGGUUCUCAUGGGGUAUGGGGAUUGGAUGACUAUCACUUCCUACCAUUCCUAUUUGGUGCAGCUCAGCUCAGGAACCAUAAACACCUUCGACCAAAGUCCAUCCACGACGCAGACCUCUUGAGCAUGUACAAGGACGAGUACAUGUAUUUUGCGUGUAUUGCCUUCAUCAACAGUAUCAAGACUGCGAGUCUACGUUGGCAUUCACCCAUGCUCGAUGACAUCUCCUCUGCCAAGACGUGGGAGAAGAUCAACCUCGGCAUGAUCAAGAUGUACAAGGCAGAAGUUCUUGCGAAGCUACCCAUCAUGCAGCACUUUUUAUUUGGUAGCUUGAUACAAGCUGCAGAGGGCAUGACGCCGCCCGCAGCCGUCGAUGAGGCAGGCAAUGAGCAUAUCCACAAUACUUGGGCAGACUGCUGCGGUAUCAAAGUACCGAGUGCCAUUGCUGCAAAGAACGCAGAUGGCAGUGAACAGAAAAUCAGACGCAUGGAUUGGGGCUAGUCAUAGCUACAUUCUGCAUAGCAUAUACCACGAAGCAUUGAUCACGAAAC